UAAUAAUUAAAUGUGGUACCAAAAAAUGGACUUUUGGGCUAAACUUUUAGUAAUAGGAGUUCUGGUCAUGGGCCUAAGGGCCCAGCUUGAUGGGAGCUUGACUAUACAAGAGAGAUGAGAGAGAUAUGGAUUUGGAUAUGAGGAAUAUCAGGUCACGACUGAGGAUGGAUAUAUACUGACGCUAAUGAGAAUUCCGUAUAGUCCAGAUAACCCGAGUACUGAGAAUAGACCUCCUGUGCUGAUGGUACACCCUUUGAAUGCAGAUUCUGCAGCGAUGGUUGGUGAAGGACCAGAUUUUUCACCAGCAUUUUCGCUUUCGAAUAGAGGGUUUGAUAUUUGGCUUAAUAAUUUCAGGUAUACGAGCUAUAGUAGAGCUCAUACUACUCUUGACCCAGAUACAGAUCAAGAAUAUUGGGAUUUUGAUAUUGUAGACUUGAGACAUGAUCUUAUGGCCGAAAUUAUGUUUAUUCUUAAUAAUACUAACUACGAUUCUCUUGCCACUUAUUCUUACUCAUUUGGAGGAGUAACAACCGCUUUUGCUAUGGCUCUAGAGCCUGAAUUUUUUGAGCCAAGAAUAAACUUGGCCGGAUUAAUGGUGACACCUGUGUCUCUGGCUCAUUCAAACUCUAUUCUUCUAAACCUUGUUGCUUAUCUCCAUCCUAUGAUGGAUUACCUAAGAACCCAUGGUAUGAACGUGAUGAUGGCAUAUGAUAGCCCAAUGGGAGAAAUAGGUUCUAUGAUUUGAGUCCCUUUCCCAUAUUUAUGAGAUGGACUUCUUUCGUUUGUAAUGGGUGAAAGUGAUCCAACAAUAGAUCAUCUUGAAAGUGUUCAAAAUCUCAUGCUCUCUGGUGCUCCUGCAACUCUUCAGUUAUUCCAGCAUUAUGUUCAGAGUGCAAGGACUCAGAGAGUCUCUCAGUUCGAUUAUGGGCCACAAGGAAAUUUAGAAAGAUAUGGAGUUGAAGUGCCUCCUCUAAUUCCAUUGGAAAAUACCAUAAACAGAGUUGCCUUGGUUAAUGCAGAUAUUGACGUAGCUGUCACUCAUGAAGACAUGCAAUGGUAUGCUGACAUACUUGGGGACUUAGUAGUUGACUGGCAAUACUAUCCUAUAUCACACUCUGGACUAUUAGGAGGAGACACUGAUGAAUACCUAACAGACUUAGCUGAGCUAUAUAAUGCGUUCCAAGAACCAUCUGAUCAAUAACGAU